UGUGGUACUGAAGCCAGCUGAAGUGUUGAGCUGAUGCUUUUUACCGCUCAUUUCUUAUUUGAAGUUACACUGCGUUGCCCCCUGAAGGAGGUUUAACCCGUGUCUUACGGUAGAGCAAACCGUCGGACAUGCAGACAGAGAAGGAGGAUGAGGACGAUGCGUCUCCUGAAGAGUGUGUUGCUCUGUCCGAUUUCACAGCAAGUGGCAGCGACCAGCUUAGUUUCAGCAGAGGGGACAGACUUCUUGUGCACGCCAAGCCUUCAUCAGAUUGGUGGUGGGGAGAGCUGCGGGAAGUCAGGGGUUAUGUCCCUGCCAGUUACCUGCGCUCGGGUGCUGCUGAGGAGGAGGAGGAGGAGGACACCUCCCUCGAGGACCCAUGGCAGGAUGAAGAAUACUUUGGCAGUUAUGGGACUCUGAGGCUUCACUUGGAGAUGUUGUCAGACAAGAGUCGCACUGAGGCUUACCGGCAGGUUAUUCUCAGCAACAGCGCGUCUCUGAGGAACAAGGUGGUGAUGGACCUCGGCUGUGGGACUGGCAUCAUCAGCCUGUUCUGCGCUCAGCUGGCACAACCCUCAGUGGUGUAUGCUGUGGAGGCAAGCUCCAUGGCGGAGUACACCAGGCAGCUGGUGAAGCAGAACGAUUGUGAGGAGGUGGUUACGGUGCUUCAGGGACGAGCUGAGGAGAUCGAGCUGCCUGAGCAGGUGGACGUCCUGGUGUCUGAGUGGAUGGGUAACUGCCUGCUGUUUGAAUUUAUGGUGGAGUCAGUCCUGCUGGCCCGGGACCGCUGGCUGAAAGAAGGCGGCGUGAUGUGGCCCUCAUCAGCGGCCCUCACCCUGGUGCCAUGUCAGGCCGACAGCUAUUACGCAGAGAAAAUGGCCUUCUGGGAGCGGCCCUAUGGCCUGGACUUCACCCCUCUUCAGCCUUUGGCACAGCAAGAGUUCUUCACCAAACCCAAAUUCAGCCACCUCAUUGAGCCCAAUGACUGCCUCACCGCUCCCUGUGAAGUCAUCUACCUCGACAUGUACUCUCUGCAAGUCAAAGACCUGGAGGAAAUCAACGGUCAGUUUCAUUUUUGUGUGGAAAAGUCUGGUGUAUUCCACGGAUUCACUGCCUGGUUCACUGUUCAUUUCGAGAGCUUGGAGUCAGGAGGCGCAACAGUGGAGCUAAACACCGGACCUAACUCUGAGCCGACUCACUGGAAGCAGACUCUAUUCAUGCUAGACAGGCCGAUCAGUGUGCAUGCAGGAGACUCCAUCAGUGGAACCAUCGUCCUACGUAGGAACCCCGUCUGGAGACGCCACAUGACAGUUACCCUGCAGUGGAACAUUAACAGCAACACAGAGGAAACAGACAACUGCCAGGCAAACAUUAAAUCUCUACUUUAUACAUCACAUUUCAAAGAUGCCUUGACUAUAAUCAGUGAAGUGGUGGUAGAUUGUUCUCUUCUAGCAUCAUGCAAUGAGACUCAGUUUCAUACAUCAGCCUCCCAAGAGUCCUAA